AAGUGUGGUGAAAAUUUAAGGUGAGUUGCAUAACCUCAAAAAACUUUCAGUGGUUUCAUCGCAGUUCUGAAGAAGAUUUCAGAGAGUCAAUUUGUGGGUGUAAAAUGUCUAAGCCGGUGAAAUAUUACUACGACUUGCUAUCUCAGCCAUCGCGGGCGAUGCUGAUAUUUCUCAAGGUGGCCAAAAUUCCCUUUGAGAGCGCCCCAGUAGCCCUGCGGAAGGCCGAACACCUCACCGAAGAGUUCAAAACAGAAGUCAAUCGCUUCCAGAAAGUGCCCUGCAUCAAUGAUAACGGCUUCAAGUUAUCAGAAAGUGUGGCAAUUGUGAGAUAUCUCGCGAGCAAGCACAACAUCCCGGACAAUUGGUACCCGACAGAUGCGAAGAAACAGGCGCAGGUUGAUGAGUAUCUCGAGUGGCAGCACAACAACACUCGGAUCAGUUGCGCUCUGUACUUCCAACUCCUCUGGCUGAAGCCCCUGAUGACCGGCAAGAAGCCCACGCCGGAAGCUGUUGCUGAGCAUCAGAAGCGAGUUGAGGACACUCUCAAUGUCAUCGAGAAUGUUUGGCUGGCGAAAACACCCUUCCUGGCCGGCAAUGAAGUCACGGUGGCGGACAUCUGGGCUGCAUGUGAGAUCGAGCAACUCAUCCUCACGCCCUAUGACUUCCGCAAAGGACGUCCCAGGCUCUCGGCCUGGAUGGACAAGGUGCGCGCCGCCACCAAUCCGCACUACGAUGAGGCCCAUCAGAUUCUCAAGAGAAUCUCCGAGAAGACUGCGAAGCUGUGAGCAGAGCUCUAAGAGCCUGUUAAUCCCCGGUUGAGGUGCAAAUACAAUUCAUUUAUCUGUGGGAAAAAUGCUUGACCUUUGAACACAUUGUUUACUGCCUCCGCGUGAAUCGCAGAUUAGCGUUUCCUGGCCACACUUCGAGAUGGCACCACGCAUUUGGGUAUCUUUUGAAUGGCAACGAAAAAAGUGUGUACUUUUCCAGCAUUUUCUCACCAAUUAUUUACACUAAAAAUGGUUUUACAUUGACAAAACGAAAGAAUGCUACAUUUUUUAGUGCUUUAAAGGAUUUUAAGAAUUAAAAUAAACUUAUGCUCCGUAAAAGACAUACGAAAAUGAAUGUGUGAGGAUGCGCUUGCCAGGCUUUCCCAGGAUGUGGAUGAAUCUCGGGACGCGACAUCACUGGCUCCUGAUGGAGAGGAUUCGAUUUGAGGCGGAAGUCGCUGUAAUACUCUCGCA